CCCCAAACCUGUCCAACCAGUUGUUUGGGGGGUGGGGGCACCUGGAAGGGGUGGCAGGAGGUGCCAGAAGCAGCCUCCCCCAGCCCAGCACAGACGGCGGAGGUGCUGGGGCUCUGGACACAGCAGACAGACCCUCAGACAGACAGACGGUUGGACACUUGGCCUGGCCAUGGGGCUCAGUGGGGGACAGUCUCGGCUGCUGAUGCCGCUGUUGCUGCUGCUGACCCGUCUCCAGCCCAGGGCAGGCCUGGAGCACAUCAGCUAUGUGCCCCAGCUCUCAAAUGCCACUCUGGCGGGGACAGUCACCCAGUCCACCUUCACCCUGGAGCAGCCGCGGGGCCAGUUCAGUCACCUCAACAUCUCCGACUUUGACGCCAUCUGGCUGGUGGUGGCCCACAGUGAUGCCACCCAGAACUUCACUGCCCCACAGAGGGUGAAGGACAGCCCGGUCCCCGCCGACGUCCCCCAGGAGGGCUACUACCUCACGCUGACGGCCAACCGGGCACUCUACCCGGGCAGCCAGCCCAGCAACCAGCUCCGGGUCCUCUGCGUCGGCAACAACACACACUGUUCCCCGAGGACGAGGGGCUGCAACCACCCCCUGCCGGGCCCGGGCCCCUACCGAGUGAAGUUCCUGGUGAUGAGUGACAGGGGACCAGUGGCUGAGACAGAGUGGUCCAGUGAGACCCACCUGCAGCAAGCCCAGGCCCUCCAGGCUGCCCCAGGGCCCCAGAGCACGGGCACUGUGGUCAUCAUUACCAUCCUGUCAGUCCUGCUGGCCAUCCUCCUCACCGCCCUCCUGGCCCUGCUCAUCUACACCUGCUACAACACCUGUGGGAGCACGCCCAUUUCGGGCCCAGGGGAGUCAGUGGGUGUGAGAAGAUAUAACACCCACCACACGUUCAGCCCUCGAGUCGUGGGGGGCUCCAGGGGACCCCCAUGUGCCCCUCAGCUUCCCCCCUGGUCCAGGCUGCAGAGCCUGGGCUGGGGGCAUGCCCUGCAACUUUUGGAUGGAACCCUGGGAGAGAUUGUUUCUAAAUGA